AUGAUAUUAAUAAGAAUAUUGAUUGUUAUUUUAACAAUCUAUUCUUUUUCAGGAUUAGUUCAUUCACAACUACCAAACAAUAAAGAUACAAAAUAUGUACAAGAUAAACCAGGUGGUAUUAGAAUUAAUAUACAAGUUUUGUUGAUGGGAUUCGAAGAGGAUGGUGCAUUUAAAUAUAGAUUGGAUCCACUACAGUUUAAGAAUCUACUGAAAGACUCUUAUACAAUACAUAAUGUAUAUUCACUAGAGACAUCGAUAUAUCAUCUCUCAUCAAUACACAACAGAGCCAAUUCAAAAGUGGAGAAAGUACACAACCCAAAAGAACUAAGUUCACACUACGAUAUUACAUACUCUGUUAGAUCACUACCUUCCACCUCAAUCACUAGAUUAGAACAUACAAUUGCAACCAGUGCAAUACCAGUUGUUACAAAUUCAGUUGAUGAUGAAACCUAUUUGAUACCAGUAGAUCCCUUGGAACCAUUCUUUGAAUCGGAGAUCAGAUUGAAUAGUUUACCGUCGAAUUUACCGACCUAUACGAUAUUGUUUAUCAAUCCAGCGAAAGAGAGAAUGUUUAAGGAGGGUAUUCAGGCAAAGUAUUUGUAUCAGUUGCAAGAGCAGUUGUGCGGACCUGCUUGGAUUGGUGCCGGUCGUUAUCUGGUGGUCGAUCUCUCUGCCGGUCCACUCAAGUAUGGCUCGACACUUCACAAAUCGGCACUGGAGAUACUCUCAGAGGGUUCGGUCGACUACGACUCUCUGCCACGACUGAUAGAGUACUUCCAGAAGCCAGGCUACUCUGGAACCUCGCUCCAAGGUGCAUCACCCACCGAAAUCAAAGCACACAUGUCAUCUCUCGUUAUCUCUGCCAUACAAAAUGUGAUACUAUCCGAUUCCAAAUAUAAUUUAAUACCAUUAUUCCCAAAGAUUUUAAUACCUGUUUUGGUAUUUAGAGAUCAUGAUGAAUAUGAUCCGUUGGAAGAAGGUAGUGCAACUAGUAUAGAUGUCAAUCUUAUAAAGAAGGAAGCAAAGAGAAUAUUUCCAUUCUCAGAGGUCACUGUUGUGACUGGUUCACAUUCGAUUCAUGAACAUCGUCAUAUAGGAAUGGCUUUUUCAAAAUCAAUUAGAUCACAUUCUAGUUUUGAGUUGAAUCCAAAAUCAAAUAAAUUUGAAACAUCGAUAAAGACAUAUAUAGACAGUGAAGAACUAUUGUUGAAACUAAAGAAUGAAGAUGAUGUACUAGCUGGUGGAUUAAUAGGAGAUCAUGUAACACAGAUACCAAGUGUUUUAAAUCAAGUUCACAGAACAAAGAUACUACCAGUAUAUAUAUUCUCAAUGAAAUCAACAAACUCUGGAUUAUUAUUAGAUAAAUAUUAUUUACAUGUUGCUAAUCAAGAUGCAGUAGCAGUACUACAAACUAAAACAUCGUUCAAUGGUAUACACUAUCAAGGCAAACAACUGGUUUCAUUCCAACCACAAUCUGUAAAUAGACAUAUUAUAGCUGGAUUGGCAUCGUCACAAGGUUUGCUUGGUCCAACUCAGAGAUAUUCAAAGCCACACGAAAAACUAAAGAAUAACUAUCUUUGGAGUUAUGGUCAACAUCCAUUCGGUUUCUUUGGUAACGGUACUGAACUCUCACAGAUCUUCAUCGAUUCCAUCACCAGAAAUACAAUCAUUACAACACUACAGGGUUCCACAGAUAUCUUGGAUGAAGUAUUUAAUAAUAUUCAUAGAUUUUCAACUAAAUAUUUAAUGGAUUCACUUGGAUAUGAAAUCGACGAGAUGCCUUCAGCAGGUUAUUUGAUUGAUAGAUUCUAUCAUUCGCCACCCACUAAAUUGCCGUUGGUCAAGUCAACAGUGAAGCGACUUCACGACGAAUUGGAAUCAAUCCAGCAGAGUAUGACUGAAUCGAUAGAUAUACUACAAACUAUAAAUCAACAAGAUCUUAAUCAGAAAAAAACAAAAGAAUCAGUUCUACAGAAAUUAAAUAUAUUAUCAAAGAAGAUAGUAGUCUUCACAGACUAUGUAAAUCAGGAAUUGAAUACAGUCGAAUCACAACUCCAAUGUUGUGCAAUCAAUUCAGUGUCAACGAAAAUGAACAGUUCCAACACUACCGUCAUCCUAACUUUACUAAGUGCAAUUGCAAUCUUCUUUAUUGCAUUAAUUAUAACAAGAAAGAAGAAUAAUAACAAUGUUAAAAAUAAAGUAAAGAAUAAUAAAUAA